AUGCAGAUGAUGGGGGGCGCGGCUAUGGCAGCGCAGCUGGCGAAGCAGGUGAAAGACUUGAGCGACCUGGGGCAGAAGGUCACGAGCAGGUGCCUUCAAGGCGAAUCCAAGCUUACCAUGCAGACGGCGCUGAAGCAUGCGGAGAGCCCUGCUUGGAUGCAGAAGAGCAUGAUCGCCAACGGCCCUGCGGCGCUGGGCCAGAUGGCUGAUGCCGUGACAGCCUAUCAUGAGGGCAACACUUUGCAAUUCGGCCAAUCCACCGGAACUGCAUUGCGCACGGUUCUGUUGAACGAGGGCGGCAGCGUUCUGCCGGAGAAGCUGCCUCCCAAAGAGACGUACCCGAACGUCACCGGCGGCUUCAUGCAGGGCUUCUUUGGCAAAGGCAUGACCGCCACAAUCAAAACGCCGGAGGCACCAAACGGCAUGCAAAUCGACCUCCACAAGUGCGUUGGAAGAAAUGUUGGGCUCUUCGAAUCUAUCUGGGCCUCCGUGGUGAAGUUCUACGAUAAUUCAAACAAGCCAUCUACGGAGGCAGACAAGGAGCAGCAGGCCACACUCAUGGCGUACUUCGCUAUGCAGAUGCCCCACAUCAUGCAGCAGUGUGACCUGAGUCCUGAAAACAUCCAGGCCUUGAAGGACGCUGCAGCGGGAAUGGGCAAGGGCGUGAGCAUGCAAAUGCACAUCCCCGCUCCCGCUCAGCCAGAAACCAACACGAAGGCAGUCACUGACAUGGCCCAGACCGUGAGCGGCUACCAAAAGCUGAUUCAGCAUCCCUCUUCGAGCUUGGAGUUUGGGCAGAAUCUCGGGAAGGUUUUCCAGUCAGCACUCGAGACCAGCAUGUCCCAGAAGUACUACGUAGAUCCCGAGGGCAACUUGCGGCUGCGCCAGCUGACGACUCGCGUGCCAGGUGCGGGCUCUAUGCUCACACCAGCUCUCCUGGUCUUGGUGGUGGUGCUGCUACUGCUGGUGGUCGUGGCAGUUAAGAGCCGCCGCGCGCUGGCGGGCUGGAAGGAGCACGUGUGCCAGAUGGAGUGCCACGAGGCACUGCAGCAAAAUGCGAGCGACAGCUACGAUGUGGAGGACUCGCUGCGGAUCUUUUGCACUGUUUCACCGCAAUCGGACGCGAAGCUCAGAGGGGCGUUGGAAGUUGUUCGCUUCGAGCCGGGGACAGAGUUUCGAGAACUGAGAAACUGGCGAGCUCUGCACAGGUACAAGAGCUCCGCACCGGCGGCUUCAGCUCAAGAGAAGCCGGAGCCAGCAAAGCCAGAGGGAGAGUUGGCAUGUUCGGCCAAUCCCGAGCUGGCAGCGGCACAGACAGAGGAGAAGCUCGCUCACGGUGCCAUUCCUCAAGGCCAGAGCUAUCGCGGCUCCAGGGCUCGAGCCCAGCAAGGCGCGGCUCCUCCAGCUGUGGCUCCGGCAGCUGCGGUCUCCAGAGAGGAGGUGGGCCCCCCGCCAGAUGGCUGGCGCAGGAAAUGGGAAAGGCCUGCGGCAGUCUUUGCCGCGCAGAGCCAGGCGCAGCCAAAAUCUUUGCCGCCGCUGAGUGCCCCACACCGGGCGCUGCCGCAUGCCCCACCGGAGCAGCUGUCCGCGAGCUCGGUGGUGGCGCGCAUGGCUGCGGAGUACUGGCGCAAUGAGAAUCGGGGGUCAGCAGCUGCCAGCCCAGGCAGCAAUGCUGCUGCCACCAGCACAACGAUGAGCUGGAAUUCUAGAGUUUCAGCCAUCAGUGCAACCUCACUUCCGCCCACAUGA